AUGCGUGCUCCUGAAACCAGUGAUUUAGUGACAUAUAUCCCAAUCUUGACUUCUAUUGGGCUAGCACUUUAUGUUAUUUGGCACUGUCUACGACCUAAAGCUGACAUUAUCAACCCAAACAUAAAAAAGACUGAGGAAAAAGUAGUCGACACAAUGAACGUAGACGACAUCAAGGAGGACAUUUCAUUCUGUCGCUGCUGGAGAUCUCAGGAGUUUCCACUGUGUGACGGCAGCCACAAUGAGCACAACAAGAAGACAGGAGAUAAUGUUGGCCCUAUGUGUCUGAGGAAACAACAAAAGAAGACAUUCUGUGAUUGA